UGGGCUGGGUGUAUCUGUGUAUGCAAGCAUAUGUGUGCAUGUGUGAAUUGGUCUUUAGCAUUAAUGUGUGUUUAUUUGUGUACUACCUCAGCCUUUUUGGACUGAUACUGAGCCUCAAAUUUACUCAACUUUCUCUUUUGUCAUCUAAACAUCAUCAACCAUAAAGGAAAAUCGAAAAGAGCAAAAUGGGAGUAGAAGAGAAGUUGUCAGAAACAUCUGUCCAAACAACUGAAGCUGCUCCGCAGACUUUGGGCAGCAGUGCAGGAAGUUUUGCUGUCCCUAGCAACAUCUAUUCAGCCAUUUUAAGCCGUAAUGAGGCUGUUAAAGAUGCUCGGCGGCUCAAGGACUUUCAGGAGCUUAGAGACAAAUAUGUGCGCAAGAAGGUUCUGUUUGAAGACCCUCUCUUCCCUGCUCAGGACUCCUCUCUCUUUUCUAUUGAAAAGUUCCCUCUUAAGUUAGAAUGGAAGCGACCAUCGGAAAUUUGUAACAAUCCACAGUUCAUUCUUGGAGGAGCAAACCGAACAGAUAUCUGCCAAGGAGACCUGGGGGACUGCUGGCUGCUGGCUGCCAUUGCUUGCCUGACCCUGAAUAAUAUACUCCUACAAAGGGUGGUUCCCCAUGACCAGAACUUCACUGAAAACUAUGCUGGCAUUUUCCAUUUCCAGUUCUGGCGUUAUGGUGAGUGGGUGGAUGUGGUUGUGGAUGAUAGACUUCCCACAUGCAAAAACCAGUUAGUGUUCACCAGGUCUGGACAGAAAAAUGAAUUUUGGAGUGCUCUUUUGGAGAAAGCAUAUGCAAAGUUACAUGGCUCUUACGAGGCUUUGAAGGGAGGAAACACACUGGAGGCCAUGGAGGACUUCACUGGAGGAGUAACAGAGUUCUAUGAGAUUACAGAGGCACCAAAGGAGUUGUACAACAUCAUGAUGAAGGCUUUGAAGAGAGGGUCCCUUAUGGGCUGCUCCAUAGAUACUUUGGUUCCAACUGCUCAAAUGACUAAAACUGUAUCUGGACUUGUGAGAGGCCAUGCAUACUCAAUCACUGGAGUCGAGCAGGGAAAACGGAAGGACAGAAGGGACCUAAUGAUUCGCUUGGUUCGUGUGCGGGACCCAUGGGGAGUUGCCCCCCCUCCCUCCUGUAAGUCUAAUGACUGGGCUGCACUAGCAACCUCUGAGCAAGACAAGGAGAGACUCCGGCCCACAGAGCAAGGAGAGUUCUGGAUGUGCUUUGAGGAGUUUCAGAAGAACUUCACCAAACUGGAGAUCUGUAAUCUGACCCCAGAUACUCUGCAGGAUGACCGUAUGCUCAAGUGGAAUGUGUCAGUACACGAGGGCCGAUGGGUGAAAGGCUGCUCCGCCGGAGGCUGCAGAAACUUUCCAGAAACAUACUGGACAAACCCUCAGUACCGUCUGAAUCUUCUGGAGGUGGACACUAAAGAGAAGACCUGCACAGUAGUGGUGGCAUUAAUGCAGAAGGGCAGGAGAAAAGACCGCUGUUCAGGUGGCACCCUACACAACAUUGGGUUCGCCAUCUAUGAGGUUCCGGAGGAGAUGAAGGGCAAUCAGCAACAGCUGGCAAAAGAUUUCUUCCUUUAUAAUGCCUCCAAGGCUCGCUGCAAGUCUUACAUCAACAUGCGUGAGGUAUCGGAACGUUUCUGCCUGAGUCCAGGCGAGUAUGUCAUCAUUCCAUCCACCUUCGAUCCUCACAAGGAGAGCGAGUUUCUUCUCAGAGUCUUCUCUGAGAACAAGAGCACAUCUGAGGUUAUAGAUGCAGAAAUUGAGACGGAGUCUUUGCAGACUGAUAAUGUCAAGAAGAAAAUCAAGCCAUUCAAUCCUCUUGAGGAGGAGACCAAAGAGGAAAAACAGUUCAGGGCUAUAUUUCAGCAGAUCGCUGGAGAAGACAUGCAAAUCAAUGCCAAUGAACUCAGGACUGUCCUUAACAGGGUGGUUGCCAAAUAUAAAGAGCUUAAAACAGAGGGUUUCAGUCUGGAGAGCUGCAGAAGUAUGAUUGCACUCAUGGAUACUGAUGGAACAGGCCAUUUAAACCUGGAAGAGUUCAAACACUUAUGGAACAAGAUCAAACAAUGGAAGUUGGUGUUCAUACGUUACGACACAGACAAAUCCAGUACAAUCAGCAGUUUUGAGAUGAGGAAUGCUCUUACUGAAGCAGGAUUUCAACUCAACAAUCAGCUCUAUGAUAUAAUUGCCAUGCGAUAUGCCAAUGAAAACCUGGAGUUGGAUUUCGACAGCUACAUUAGCUGCUUAGUGCGACUGGAGGGGAUGUUCAGGGCAUUUAGGGCUUUUGACAAGGAUGGAGAUGGCCUUAUCAAGCUGAAUGUUUUUGAGUGGCUUCAACUGACCAUGUAUGCCUAAGGAAAAUUGGCAGUGGACCCUUCCCAUUUUCAGCCUCUAUUAAGUGGAGCAUCACAUAUGAAAGAUGAGAUCUUAGUCAAUCAUAGUACACGACUGUGGCCUUUAUGAGAUUGCACACUAUAGUGCUGAAAAGUUCCAAAUCUUCAGAAGACUGUGGUCUGGUAAAUCUUCAGAGGAAACUGGGUUGAUGACGAGCUAUUGAACGGACAUUCAGCUCAUUGAACUUAUUGGUCUGGCUCUACAAACUCUACCCUGACCUUUUUCAUACCCCUCUGUGUGUCCCAUCUUUGUUAUUAGAUAAUGUGGAACAAUAAUUUUGAAGGCAUAGUUCACCCAAAAGUGAAAAUUCUCUCAUCAUUUACUCACCCUCAUGCCAUCCCAAAUGUGUCUGACUUUCUUUCUUCUGCUGAACACAAACAAAGAUUUUUGGAAGAAUAUUUCAGCUCUGUAAGUCAACACAAUGCAAGUGAAUGGUGGCCAGAACUUUGAAGGUCAAAAAAGCAGAUAAAACAGCAUAAAAGUAAUCCAAAAGACUCCAUUGGUUAAAUCCAUGUCUACAGAAGUAAUAUGAUAAGUGUGGGUGAGAAACAGAUAAAUAUUUAAAAUGUAAGCCUCAGUCACUAUUCGGUUUCAUUCUACCUUUUUUCCAUACAAUAAGAGUGAAUGGUGACAGAGCCUAACAUCUAGUUUUAUGGAAGAAAGAAAGUCAUAUGGGUUUGGAACAAAAUCAGGGUGAGUAAAUGACAGAAUUUUAAUUUUUAAGGUGAACUAUCCGUUUUCACGUCAUAAAUGGACCUUCAGGUUACAGAGAACUCAUCCCAUCCCUGUUGUAAAAUGUGUGCUACUGUGCAAAAAUAAUAAACUAAAUAAAUAAAACAUA